GGGGGAUGACCGCGGCAGCUUUCCAAUCUAAAACAGGGAGUGUAUGUGUAAACCUGUCUAUGGUAAAACCCACAGCAUGCAGUGUUAAGGAAAAGGAACAGAGUUAUUCAGGGGUUAAUGUAGAUACAGUAGAUGAUGUAAUAACCUGGGGAUUAAUGUUACUGUAGAUUAUCAUCAGUACUCAUGGUUAACCUUCUGUUCAAACCAUCCUAUUACAGUAAAUAUUACACUAGAUGCGAGGGAGGUAUUCAAUAGAAAGUGGCUCAUUUAACUGUGUGAGCCUGGUAGAAGAGUAAUAUGAACUUUGAUAAAAAUCUAAUUUUGGUUCCAUUUCAUCCCUUAGCCUCUUUGAAAAGCUAUACAGAAUGACGGCCCUAUGGUAAUUGUAGUCCAAAGGGAUAAAAACCUCAACUCUGAAAUGAGAGGGGAAAUAAAGGUAUAGAGAACCACAGUAAAAAGGUUUAGUGAAGUGGAUGAAAUGAGAGUUUCAGAGUUUUAACUCUUUAAAUAAAACAUGUGAGUGAGUAUAGGGAGGCUCUGAGGCGGUGGUUCAUUGAAACGGAGGUAGUGAAACUGAAACAGUAGCGCUACUGUCACUAGACAACCUUUUACAUAACAACACACAAUCUCUCUUUUCCCUGUGAGCAAAGCACAGCACAGGACAGUGAAACAGGCUCUGUAGAAAGACAGGAGCACCAAGAUAUCUGGAAAUAGAACAAGUAAGACAAACGCUUUCUCAUCUGACAGUUGAAAUGCUAUAAAAACAGAAUUCUCCACUUUGAAAUGUACACUGUGGGGUUCCAUUGCAGAAAACGUAAUAAUUAUUGCUUUUUCAACACAUUUUGAGAUUCUAGAUUGGUGGCUAUACGCUUUCUGUUGUAACCCAAAUGCCAAUACUGGUAUUUUAUGCAGUGUUUAUUUAGACUGUGUGUGUGCGUGUGUGUGCGUGUUUAUUCAUGUAUGUGUGCACGUAUGUGUGCAAGUGUGUGUGUCUGUGUUAUACAGCAUUGUGCACAGCAGGGUGGGUCCGUAAACACAUGUCACACAAGAUGUCCUCAGGAGAAGAUGGAUGGGCAUGGUCACCCAGAAUAGCCUGCUAGUCACUCACUGCUUCCUGAGGCGAGACGCACAGCGGCUAAAUAUGAUUACCAGCACACAGCAGCCCAAUAAAGACAUCCAGAAGUUGCUGAAGCCUUCCAGCUCAGGGGACCUUUCCAAGGAGUUGUACCACAACCCAAUGGGGGAAGAGGAGGGAGGGGUUCCAGGACACACCGCUGGCCUGCUGCACGUCACCGAGAGGAGACGUGAGUACCGGGAGCCUCUGAGCAGCGUGUCCUCCCUGGAGGUGCACUUUGACCUCCUGGACCUGACAGAGCUAACCGACAUGUCUGACCAGGAGCUGGCUGAGGUGUUCGCUGACUCUGAUGAGGAGAACCACAACGAGUCCCCAGCAGGCCACCACCAGCCACCCCUGCCCAGAGGAGGCUACAUGCGCUCCCCCUCGUGGACCCGUUGCAGCAAGGCUGAGCUCCCCAGGGAGAGGAAGCACCACAGCGACUCCGACACCACCGCAGAGCCCUUAAUGAAGCUGGAGAGGCCUAAGCAGCCCUGAGAGCCCACGGUCUGGCCCGGAAAGAGAGAGGCCCAGAGCGGACACACCGAGAGCGGGCACAGAGACCACACCAACUGCCCCAACCCCUGCGUCGGGCACUGAGGCAACCAUGGUGCUGAAGACACUACAGACAGACUGAGCUCUCGACGCUGUGCACUGUAUUAUAAACUUAACAUGAAACAACGGCUGUGAGUGAAAUACACACAGACACAGAUGCAAACACACACAAAAUGACACACGGACAUCUGCAAAACCACACACACGUACACACAUGCUAUUUAUUGUGUUUUCCAUGCAAGGGGUUCCUCUGGCACAAACACUGGAGGGCCACUGUGCUUUUUGAGGCUUUGUUUGGGGUGAACAUCAGGGUAUAAGGCUGUCCCAGUGUGGGGAGAAUGCUUGGCUAAAUGCCUCCCCAUCCCUGCAGCAUCUUAAGGGUGGAGAGUGGGCUUGGAGGGGUGGGACGGACCCUGAAAUCUGUGACAACCUCGGCUACAAAAUAUCAUCUGGCGAGGUUAAGGAGAAUACCCACUCCAGUCAAAUAAAUUACUGGAAUAUGGAGGUCAUUAUGCGAUAGUACAGCAGGCAAUCUGGAAGUCUUCUUUGUAAUUAGAAUAAGAGUCCAACCUGAAUCUAUUGCACAAUGUUCUUCCUUAAAGUGCCAGGGCCAUCUGCUCUCUCUGAAUGACUUUCUGUAGGCUCUCUGUAGGUUGUAACUAACAGGAGACAAUGGGUAGCGUUUCAGUGGGGCCCCUCUCCAUCGCUCUCUCUUCUUUCCUUCCUCUCCCUCUCUCUUCUACCUCUCUCUACCGGAGAGGAAACCUGUGUGGCCACAGUAAACUAAAUGUAUUUGCAGAUAUGAUAUGAGAUACGACAGCAGCCCUUCUCCCCAACAUUACAUUCAACACUGUGGAUCUUGUCCUUUGCCAAACCAAGUGAUGUGGGGAUGGGUGGUGAAAAAAAAUAAAGAAUUUCAUGCAAACAAA